AAGUCAAAGGUAGCUUACAAAAAAAGUCAGCUCUGAGCUAAAAAAUAUUCCCCGUCGUUCUCCUUUUUCUUUCCGAUCGCCGGAGUUUACCAAAUCCGACGUCGUUUUCUCCUCCGAUCACAAUGGCACCACCACCUCCGGAGGCGGCGGUUCACUCUCCUUCAUCUCCCCAAUACACUCAACAAUUCUUAAGCAACGUUCUCUCCCAACGAGGUCCUUCUUCUCUCCCUUACUCCGAAGACGUCAAAUGGCUGAUCCGUCAACACCUCGUUUCGUUAAUCGACAUGUGUCCUUCUCUUCAACCCAGAACCGCUACUUUCACUUACAACGACAGCAGGACUGUGAAUCUCCUUCAGGCGAACGGCACCGUUCCGAUGGUCUAUCUAGAUGCAACCUACAAUAUUCCGGUCAUUAUUUGGUUACUGGAAUCUUACCCUCGUCAAUCACCGUUGGUAUUCGUGAACCCCACGCGUCAUAUGGUCGUCAAAGACUCACAUCCAUUUGUGAACUCUUCUGGUAUUGUUUCGAUCCCUUAUUUGACAAAUUGGGUAUACCCAAGUUCGAAUCUUGUUGAAUUAGUUCGUAAUUUGAGUAAUUUUUUUAGCCGUGAUCCCCCUUUGUACACCAAACGGAACCCGAACCCGAAUCCGCAUCCUCCUCCGGGUACUAGUUUUUCGAAUAGUGGGUCGACUCGACCCGCGAUACCACCUCGGGUGUAUCCACCAUCACCUUAUGGGAGUGGGAGUGGUGGGGUAGUGGGGAGGAAAAUGGAUGAUCGGUCGGAGGUGGAUAAGAAGAAUGCAAUAGAUGAGCUUAUGGUGAAACUGCAUAGUGAUAUUGAAGGGUUGGGGAAGGCGAGGGAGGCGGAUAUGGAAGGGUUGUUUAAUGCACAAGGAGUGUUGAGGCGUCGAGAGGAGGAGUUGAGGAAAGGGGUUAAGGAAAUGCUGGAUGAAAAGGAGGGGUUAGAGCAGCAAUUACAGAUGGUUUUGAUGAAUACUGAUGUGUUGGAAGGGUGGGUUAGAGAUAACGAAACGAAAGUGAAGAAAAUAGGGAAUGUGGAUGUGGACGAGGCGUUUGAGCUUUGUGAUAGACUUUCAAAACAGAUGUCGGAUUGUACUGCCUCGGAUUUGGCUAUGGAGGAUGUGAUUUAUUCGAUGGAUAAAGCUAUACAGGAUGGGGCAAUUCCUUUUGAUCAGUACUUGAGGAAUGUAAGGUUGUUGUCGCGUGAACAAUUCAUUCAUCGUGCCACGGCUUCGAAGGUUAAGGCUGCUCAGAUGCAGGCUCAAGUUUCUCAUAUGGCUUCUAGGCUGUCUCAAUAUGCAUUGUCAUAGAUGUUGAAUUUUACUUGGAUUAUGUGUGCACUAUGGACAGAAGAGUUAAAAAGGAAUAACUGACUCUGGAGAUUCACAAAGGAGACAGGUCUUGGAAUUGAUGUCAGUGAGUUUCUGACUGUGACGUGGAGUGGGACAGUUGGAAUCACGCUCAGGCUCUUCAAAAAUACCAACUGAUGUCUAUUGAAGCUAUGUAUCUUUUAGAGGAUCCUCCAUGGGUGGCAACAUUUUUGGUUUGGGUGCGCUAUCGUUUGAUAAUGAUCAUACUUUCCCUAAGAAAACUCUCCCUGUUGAGUUUUCAGUUGAAAAACUUUUGAAUUAUUUGAUUCACUUGUUUCGAAAACAUUUUCAAUCAAGAGUCGAAAAUUACAAAGUAUUUAAUGUUUGAAGUUG